CUUCCUUCCUCCUCCCUUUCUCUUCUGUCACCGCAUCACGAUAGCCUCCGGCUUCUUAUGUUGUUAAGGCGCCUUCAAAUCAUUCCUUGGUCGCGCAUGCCUCUAAAUUUCGUUGAUUCAUGCUGUUCUGAGUCACAAAAUUGCGACUGAAUGACGCCAAUUGAAAACGGUGAUGCUUGAUGAACCGCGAUCCAUGAAACAAGACGGACGAUUGAGUCGGUUAAGCGGAAACAGAUCCCUCUAUUCACCAGAAUCUGGGCUUCUCUCGGGCGUUAGAGCGAUAAUCAUGGCUCCGAUUCGGUCACAGAGAGGCGCCCACUCCCCGUUAUCCGCGGUUGGUGGCGUCGGCUAUCUCUGCUGGCUAUAUUAACGCCAAGCUGAUCCAACUCUUCACCAACCAAUACUCAGUGUCGAACCUAGCUUCAAUACUCAAACUCAAAUUACCCCGGUAAAGCCUCUCUUCAUUAUGUUGUCAUGGAUGGCAGAUAUUUUCCCCACAACCCAUUCACCGCCGCCUGCCGUUACGCAGUCGGAAUAUACUCCCCUCACCAUCGAGUGUAUUCAGAUACCUGCAGAUGGCUCAGAACCUCAUAUGGUCCGCCUCGAAACCACCUAUAUCAACGACGACAAGCUCGAUGACUGUUUCCUCUUCCACAUCCCUGAUGUCCGCAUCUUCUGGACCUUCCACUACGCCACUGACGCCAAAUCAGAGGAGGGAAUAUGGCGAAAGCGUACCCUUCGCCGAGUCGAUGUCGCCGACCAACACACCGAGGCUCUGAAUGGGAGCUACUAUUUCUUCCGCUGCAUCGAUGGGCGUUUGCAGCGGAAUUUGCAUUUUCGGAAGGACACCACGGUGAGGGGGGACGUCUUUGUGGCAAAAGUGAAGGAUUGGGAUGGAUGGUCGGAGCCUGCGGAAUAUAUCGACGUCCCUUCGGAUUUCGUGGAGACGAGGGAAGGGAAGAUAACGCUGCAGAGGAUGAUGGAUGCUUUCGUGAGCGCCUGCACGAAUUGAAGGACGGAAAGAAGCGAUCCGCUUCAGCGACAAUUCACUAUUAUGGGAUCAUCUGGACUUUGAUAAUAACCUACUGUAUGACCAUUUAAUCUUUUCUCCUCGCACUCAGAUUAUACAGUUCACCUAUGGUUUACGAACAACAGCUACAUACUAUACCCAUUCAUUCUAUGCCUUGUAUAUCGCUUAUAUUCCCAAAACUUCGUCGUGACUAGGAACUACCUACAUUUUAUCGCAUUGACCUGUAGACGAUGCAUACUUUUAUAUCUUUCGUCUACCCCGCACAUUGAAAGGAACAUACUACGCCCCUUAAACUUGAUAUUCGAGAUGUGUUUCCCCUCCUCCGCAAGCACCUCAUU